AAAGUUUAUCAAAUUAUUCAAGAUGAAUAUAUAAAUGAUUUUUUAAAAAGUGAAUUUCAUUGUAAAUAUCAAAUUGAUGUAUUAACAAGUGAUGAAGUUAAACUUGCUGAUAUUUUAUUUAAUGAAACAGCAUUUUUUUACUUUAUUGAGUUUAUGGAAAUUGAAAAUAAAAGAGAAUUAUUAGAUUUUUGGAUGUGUGCGCUAAAUUAUAAACAAAAUUUAUUGGAAAAAAAAAUUUAUGAUUCUCAUAUAGCUCAAAAUGAUGCUCUUAUUAUUUAUGACAAAUAUUUUAGUCUUCAAGCAACAACGCCACUUGGUUUUUCAGAUAAAAUACGUUUUCAAAUUGAACAAAAUAUAUGCCAAGAAGAUGGAGUUGGUCCUCAACCAGAUUGUUUUGAACUUCCAAUGAUUAUUGUUUAUAAUUAUUUAAGUAAAUAUUAUCUUUAUCAGUUUUUAUCUUCUCAGAUAUAUUACAAAUAUCUAUCAGAAUUAAUCAGCACAAUUCAAAGUAGUAAUGGUACACAGCCACGAAUCAGACGUGCAGUUAGUACACUAUCACAUAUGGGAAAUUCAAAUGAUAAUAAACGUCAUUCGUGUCAUUCAAUUGAUAGUUCUAUUAAUGACACAAUGAAUAUUGAUACAAGACAAUUGUAUGAUCCUGAUGCACUUUGGAAAAGAACAAAAUCCAGUUUGAGUGUUGGAUAUGUCGAUGAUAUGGGAAGAUUUGUAACUGAAAUUGAACCUGAUCCACAAAGAAAAUAUGAAUCACGUAUUUCAAGAGCAGUUAAACGACUGAUAAAUAUGGAACAAGAUAAGACUAAAGAAGAACUUGCAUGGAAAAUUGCUGAAAUGAUUGUGAAAGAAAUAACAUCAUUGACACUUGGUCAUUUGAAUAAAUCUGAGUAAAAUAAUAAAACGUUAACUACAAAAAAAAAAAAAA